GAUAACGUCAUGACGAAGCCAUUCCAUGGCCUGAAAUUCAAUUUUCACUCGUCGUGGUUGCAAACAAACUUGCUUCUCGUCGCUUCUCCAGCAGCUCUCAGAUGCGAAGAUCUUUAAUUGAGAGGUAGAGGAAGAAGGAUACAAUUUUCUUCUUCAAUCAGGGGAAAGUAUCUGCAUGUUUAGCAGAAAUGAUGGUGCAGGAUUUGUCAAUUCACGCUAUGACAGCCUUGGGAGAUCCAAAUGUUUAUGGAUCAGCUCUUUCAUGGAGGAGGAAUUGCAAGUAUUUCAAGCAGACAAGUCUAACCCAAUUAACUUCCAGGCAAUGCUUUUGGCAUCAAUGCAUGCGCAGCUUUUCCUUAACUAGCCAACCCUGUAGAUCGAAACGAGGAAGUUUUAAGAUCAGAGCUGGAUGGUUGUUUAAAGGGGGUGGACAAGAGUCAGGUGGUCGUAUAGAGCGCAGUGAAAAUGCUAACAAUGAUAUUUUAAUCUUCUUUUUCCAGCUGGACCUGGCAACACGAGUACAGUAUGCAUUGAACAUUGAGCAGUAUGAAAUUGCACAAGAAUUGAGAAUGAAGCUAACCGAGGUUGAAGCAGAAAUCAUCAAGCAGCAAGAAUCGAAAAAGGGGUUAACUUCAAAGAGCGAAGUUCAAGACAAAGGUUUAAAUAUCAUUCGUUUACGCGCAGAUUUGCAGAAGGCUAUUGAAAGUGAAAAUUAUGCUUUGGCUGCACAACUGCGAGAUGAAAUUUCAAAAUUGGAAACUGAGUCCCUAGCUGCAUCAGCAAAAGUUCUGGCUUACGAAAGUGCUGAAUAUAGUUUUAGAUUGGGACAGAAAGUGAGGCACAAAAUUUUUGGAUACAUAGGUGUGGUUUGUGGAAUGGAUCCUGUGUGCUGUGAAUCAAGUUCUUGGAUGGAGAUAGCACAAGUUGAAAAAUUAUCUCGAGGUUCUAAUCAGCCAUUUUAUCAGGUUUUAGUCGAUGUUCGUACAAACCCAGAUUUACUGGUUGCAUAUGUUGCCGAGGAAAAUCUUCUUGCUCCCGAAGAACCAGAUACGGAGAGGUUCGACCAUCCGUAUAGUUCCUUCUUAUUCUAUGGAGUGGAUUCAGCCGGGGAUUUCAUUCCUAUAAAGCAACUACGAGAGAAGUACAAUCGGCCUCGGCACGAAAUUCCUUUUGAUCCUCAAGAUGAUGAGCAACAGGGCGACGAUUGAUUGACGCACAUCUUCAGAAAUCCGUGAUUCAACACCUUUUCAAAAUGGUUUGUUCAUCUCAUUUCAUUGAUUUUCAAGAGACUUCAUGUAACUUGAUAAUUGAAAAUUCUGAAUCAAUGUUGUACAUAUAGACAGACAUAGCAUCUCAUAAACUUCUUCUCGUUGCUUUCGUACCGAAUUUCAAAGGCAUUAAACUUGAACAUCUGAAUAUCAAUAAUAAUCAAUCAAUUGCGUUGAUAA